AUGGACGCUCUUACCAAGGCCGAGGAGACCCAGCUCCAGCAGAGGCUGCAAAAGCGCCAGGUCAAGGAGUUCAUGAACCUGUUCGGUAACCUCGUCGACCACUGCUUCACCUCCUGCAUCGACGACUUCACCUCCAAGUCCCUUUCCUCCCGCGAGACCGGCUGUAUCUCCCGCUGCGUCCAGAAGCAAAUGUUCUCCCAGCAGCGCCUGAGCGAGCGCUUCCAGGAGCACAACGCCCAGAUGACUGCCCAGAUGCAGCAAAACCAGUAA